AACCUUUAACCAAGCACGGCUUUUUGACUAACACAAAUCAAAACAACGCUGUCAGCAAGUUUUUCUUCACAGUUCACAGCUUCAACCCAAAAAAAUAAAACCAAAUGUCAUUGACCAAUCUUCCACACCCACUCCACCUCCACCAAAUCUCUCACUAAACACCGCCGCAGCCACCAACAACAACAACAAUAACAACAAACGGCUCCUUCACUUCCUACACAAAAAAACCUGUACGGAUCAUGCGACUCUUCGUACCUUUCCUCCUCAUUUUAGUGCUGUUCCAACGUUUUCUGUCUCCCAUUUCAGCUCUCGACUUCAUCUACAAUUCCUUCAAUGGAAUCAUCAACUCGACCAACCUCACUCUCAUCAACGAUGCUAAGCUCGACUCCUCUGUCAUUCGACUCACAAACGAUUCGAACCAGUUCUCAUUCGGUCGAGCUUUCUACCCCACCAAGCUCACCAUGAUAAGAUCGAAUUCCAGUUCUAUCUCUUCCUUCUCGACCUCCUUUGUGUUCUCGGUACUCCCCGAGAUUGCGACGAGUCCAGGCUUCGGCCUAGCCUUUGUGCUAUCCAAUUCGACAUCCCCACCUGGAGCUCUUGCGAGCCAGUACUUCGGGCUCUUCACCAACGCUACCGUUCCUUCUGUGUCACCACUUUUGGUUGUCGAGUUCGAUACUGGGCGAAACCCCGAGUUCAAUGACCCAGAUGACAAUCACAUCGGUAUUGAUUUGAAUAGUGUCAUAUCUGAGAAGUCUCAGACAGCUGGGUACUAUGAUUCGAGUGGGGGUUUUGUUCCUGUUCGAAUGCGAACUGGUGAGAAUAUACAUGCUUGGAUCGAUUUUAAUGGUACGAGUUUCGAAAUCAAUGUUACUGUAGCUCCAAUUGGUGUGUCUCGACCGAGUGUCCCUACGCUUAGUUACAAGGAUCCGAAGAUAGGUAACUAUGUUUCGGCUGAGAUGUUUGUUGGGUUUUCAGCUUCGAAGACUGAGUGGGUUGAGGCACAGAGAGUGUUAGCUUGGAGCUUGAGUGACAUUGGAACAGCUCGAGAGAUAAACACUACGAAUUUUCCCGUUUUCGAGGCUAAAUCGACGGCUAAUUCUUUGUCAGGUGGUGAAAUUGCUGGGAUUGUUAUUGGUUGUGUUGCUUUUUUGAUCAUUUGCGCAUCUGGGUUUUACUUGUUUUGGCGAAAGAGGAAGGAGCAAGAAGAGGAUGAGAUCGAAGAUUGGGAGCUCCAAUAUUGGCCACACAGAUUUUCCAUCGAGGAGCUCAACCUCGCCACCAAUGGGUUCUCGAAUGAUGACCUUUUGGGGUCGGGUGGGUUUGGUAAAGUCUACAAAGGAACGCUUCCAAACAACACGGAAGUGGCUGUGAAAUGCGUGAACCAUGAUUCCAAACAAGGGCUAAGAGAAUUCAUGGCAGAGAUCUCAAGCAUGGGCCGGCUCCAACACAAGAAUUUGGUUCAGAUGCGAGGUUGGUGUCGAAAAGGUAAUCAACUCAUGCUUGUUUAUGAGUACAUGCCAAAUGGUAGCCUUAACAAAUGGGUGUUCGACAAGCCUACAAAAUUACUAGGUUGGGAACAACGUCGAAGAGUUUUAGCCGAUGUUGCUGAAGGCCUAAACUAUUUGCAUCACGGUUGGGAUCAAGUUGUGAUUCAUCGAGACAUAAAAUCGAGCAACAUAUUGUUAGACUCAGAAAUGCGUGGCAGACUAGGAGAUUUUGGAUUGGCUAAGUUAUAUGAACAUGGUGAAGCUCCUAACACGACACGUGUGGUGGGCACAUUGGGUUACUUGGCGCCUGAGCUAGCAAAAGUGACUGCACCCACAUCAGCUAGCGAUGUGUAUAGCUUUGGGGUUGUGAUACUCGAAGUGGCAUGUGGAAGGAGACCAAUCGAGAUGGCUGUGGAGGAAGAUGAGUCAGUGUUGGUUGAUUGGGUGAGGGAUUUGUACUCAAAAGGGAAGAUUUGCGAGGCUGCGGAUCAAAGGAUAAGGGAUGAGUAUAAAGUGGAGGAGAUGGAAAUGGUCUUGAAGCUUGGAUUGGCUUGUUGUCAUCCUGAUCCUCAAAGGAGGCCUACUAUGAAGGAAAUGGUGGCGGUGUUGGUGGCUGAGAAGGAGGCUGCUGUGCCCGCAGAUUUGUUGUUGGAGUUGGCACGCGGUGAUAGUAACAGUGGUGGUGUUGGUGGUAGUGGUGUGGCACAAGAGGUGGAGCAGCUACAACCUCCGGUGUGAAUGCUAUUUUGUUAUUAUUAUUAUUUUUUAUAUAUUGUUGUGAAUAUUAAUACCUCCUGACUUUAAUAAGUUUUGACACCUCGAUUUUGCAUCAUUGUAUUUUUUUUAU